GUUCCACAGCUUCCCCACAGCCAGAUCGUUCCCCUGGGGGGGACAGGGACCACUCGGAGCUGGGCCACGGGUGCAGCACACUCGCCCUGUGUAUGCCCUAGCCCAGAGCUCGGUGCUUCGCCUCCAUUUUUCCCUCAUGCAGAACCAGGAAAUCUGUGAAUGAUUUACUCAUCUUAUCUCUCAAACCCCGCCCUGUGCUUGGCUCUGGGAUUUUUGAUUUACUGCCAAUGCUAUAAAGCAUCUCUAUGAAUCUUACAUUUUAAUCGGAUCUGUUUUGUUUUUUCCUGGCAGAGAGAGUGAAUUGGAGUCUGAAAAUGUACCUGAAUCAUCUCCCUGAUCUGGUGCAUUUACACACCUGGAGUUACUGCUCUUGCUUCAUCUCUGCAGUAACUUUCCAAGGCUUCUCCGGUAGCUGGGGGUUCUGGUGCCAGGUCUUUGCGCUCUCUGCAGGUGCAUGGAUGGCAGAGAGCCUCCUCCCAUUUGCACUAGGGUCCGAGCGGUGAAUGGUGGCUGCAGCCCAGGGCCAGAGGCACGGACCAGCCGGAAGGAAUGAUGUAGCAGAAUCUCCCUCCCUACCUUCCCCAGCCUGACCAUGUGGACGGAGCCAGGCAUGGUUGAGACCCUACGCAACUCAGCCCCUCUUAAUUUCUCAGAGAGGAGGAGGAGAAGAGCGAGGAAGAGGGAGAGAUUGAGACUGAAAGGCGGCUGCCAGAGAGGCGCCUGGCAGCUAACGUACUGAUCCCCCUCUGGUGCCGAUACAUGGGAGUGAUCUCUGGGCGUUAUUUCUGCGUAGAGCCCACGUCCUCUCCUAGUUCUGGAUGCAGAGUCCCCGACUGGUUCCUGGCACCUUUACGGAGACAAAGAGCAAACAAGUGAACACAAAUCUCUAUGCCCAGGGUGCGGGUGCCCGAGUGCGAGGCUGGUUUGAGUAGGGCCCUGGGGACAUUCGUUGUGGGCUCCAGCGGGACCCUCUAUCCAAGUAGCUGCAGAGCUCGGACAGAGCUGGGCCAUCAUGGGGGCCCAGAUGGGAGAGGACUGAUUGCCCGCGUCUCCUUGUCAUGGAUCCAUGUCCGAACGGCACAGCUGCUCCGAAAGGCAUGGGCUGCGAACCACAGACGGUGCUAAUUGGGAUCGUGCUCACCGCACUCAUUGUGGUCACUAUCUGCGGCAACGUGGUUGUCUGCCUGGCCGUCUCCUUCAACCGCAAGCUCCGUAGCCUGACAAACUGCUUCAUCGUCUCCUUGGCCAUCACCGACCUGCUGCUUGGCCUCCUGGUGCUGCCCUUCUCCGCCAUCUACGAGCUCACGCACGAGUGGCACUUCGGCCCCACCUUGUGCAACAUCUACAGCAGCCUGGACGUCAUGCUGUGCACGGCCUCCAUCCUCAACCUCUUCAUGAUCAGCAUAGACCGGUACUACGCCAUCACAGCCCCGCUCCGCUACACCCAGCUGGUCACCCCUCUGCGGGUGGCCGUGGCCAUGUUCGUCAUAUGGGUGGUCUCGCUGAUGGUCUCCUUCCUGCCUAUCCACCUGGGCUGGAACACCAAUGGCACCGGCGUGCAGAACACGGGCUUGAACAACAGCCUGGAGUGCAAGCUGGCGGUCAACGCCGUGUAUGGGCUGGUGGACGCCUUGCUCACCUUCUACCUUCCCUUGGUCAUUAUGUGCAUCACGUACUACCGGAUAUUCCGAAUAGCCAGGGAGCAAGCCAAGAGGAUCAACCAUGCCACCUGCUGCAAGACUGUCAGCCCUGCGCUGCUCAUUGUGAAAGAGCACAAGGCCACAGUGACGCUAGCAGCCGUGCUGGGGGCAUUCAUCAUCUGCUGGUUCCCUUAUUUCACAGUGUUCACUUACCGAGGGAUGGUGGGGGACACGGUGGAUGAGACAUCCCAGUCCAUAGUUUUAUGGCUGGGCUAUGCCAACUCAGCCCUGAACCCCAUCUUGUACGCUGCUCUGAACAGGGACUUCCGGACAGCCUACCAGCGCCUGUUCCACUGUCGAAGGGUGGGGCCCCUCUCCAGGACCACUCCCCUCACCCCCAUACAUCUGCCCCACUCCAGGGCGAGAGCCCGCAAGCAAACACGGAGCGUGCAGGAAGAUAAGCCUCUGAGGAUGCAGGUGUGGAAAGGGAAGGAGAACUCACUCACUCGAGAAGCCACGGAAAGGAGUCCCGCCCCAUCAUCUGGCUCCUCGUCCUCCUCCACCAUCCUGUCCUGCUGGAGAGGCCUCUGGCUGGCCAAGUUCCUUCCCAAGAGGGACAUGUGGAUCCCAGCGUGUGAGGAGCCAGAGACAGAGCUGAAGAAGAGGGUGAAGCCCCCAGCACCCCCUAGGGCCAUUUACUGUGUCUUCUCCUGAGCCAGGAUGGAUGGACCAGGGGAGUGCUGAAUGCCAUCAAUACCGGACAAUACUUGCUCAGGACCUAGAACCCAGCCGAGCACCACGUCCAGCAUCUCCACGGGCAGAGCACUUUGGGGGGUGUUUGCAAACCCAGGAACAUGGAUCUGUAACAUAAUCCACCGUUCUGUGUGGGCGUGACCCUGUGUGGGCACGGCUGUGGGUGUGCACAUGGGUGUAUGUAUGUAUGGGCACGGCUGUGGGUGUGCACAUGGGUGUAUGUAUGUACGCACCCCUGUGUGGGCACGGCUGUGGGUGGGCACAUGGGUGUAUGGAUGUGUGCACCCCUGUGUGGGCACGCUGUGGGUAUGUAUGCAAUUGUGCAUGGCUCUGGGCUCACGUACAAACCCGCCUGUGCACUAGAGUGCAGGUGGAAGGAAGGGCUCACGCCCACCUCCUCCCCACACAGCCUGGAUCGUCUGAUCCCUGGUUCUUGAUCCCACUCCAGGUGUGGGGCAGAGAGGCGAGAGAGGAGGGGAAGAGAGACCCUACCCCCUUUGCAUGUGCCGCAGCAGAGCGGGCUCUGGGGGCCGGCAUGGGCUGUCCCUGCCCACACCAGCGCAUUGUCCCUGUCUCCCGAUGUCUCUGUUAAUUCCCCUUGUCUAAUACAAAUGUCCCUUUUUCCCAAGCACUCUACACAUCUGCACGUAUUCCAGGUCUCCCCAUGGCCUAACCCACUGGUGUCCUGGCUUCACACAUCCAGCCAAGGGGCUGGGCCGGGUCAGCCUCCAGCGAGGAUCAACCCACAGCAGGAGUGUGGGUCGGAGGAGAAGGCAGAGGCAUGACUGAGAAGCUCAGGAAGGGGAUCCCAGAGCAGAAGGUCUGGAGAUGGAUGGAGUGAGGGGGGCUGGUGGUAACUGUGUCCUGGGGAGACCCGGCUUCUCCCGCUCCCUUUCCGCACCCCGGCCUGAGUCUAGAACGAGCCAGGUGGCCAGUGCUUGUCUCCCAGGCUGCAUGCCCCGUGAGCUGGGAGGGGUCAGUGCCCGCACCUGCUCAAAGGGCAGGGAAGUGGUGGGCGAUUACACGGGACAGUUCACCACACCAGGGCCGUGUGCCUGGCAAAGAGCCACUAUUUACCAAGGGGUCAGUCGAGCGCAGCGUCCCGCUCUAUCAAAUGCAGCUAGGGGCCCCAGGCUACACAGCUGAGGUGUCGGCUCGUGCUCUCCUUGGCUUUCUUCGCUCGGCCAGGUCCAUCCGGUGUUUAGACCCUGGGCUGUCCCUGGGUACACGCUGUGCUGGAGAAAGCGGCUGUUUGUUGUUUAUGGCUCUAAUCCCCGCAGGUGGCCAGUGCACAGGGACCUGCCAGCCGACCUGCAUUGCAGAAGCAGGGCAGCUGUGCGGCAAUCUCACUUCCCAGGCCGGGCGGUCUGCGGAGCCGCCCUGGGGCUGUUGUGCCGCUGCAGGAUACUGGGUUCGCCACCACCCCCACCCCCAUCUCAUGCUGGCCGGGCG